GGGGCGAGGAAGAGUCGGGGUUGAGCCCCAGCUGAGCCGACGGCUCGCGCUCUUUUUGUCUCCCAGGCCCGCCCCACUUGAAGAAAUGAGUGGUGGAUUGGCCCCAAGUAAAAGCACAGUGUAUGUAUCCAACUUGCCCUUUUCCCUGACCAACAAUGACUUAUACCGGAUAUUUUCCAAGUAUGGCAAAGUUGUAAAGGUUACUAUUAUGAAAGAUAAAGAUACCAGGAAGAGUAAAGGGGUUGCAUUUAUUUUAUUUUUGGAUAAAGACUCUGCACAAAACUGUACCAGGGCAAUAAACAACAAGCAGUUAUUUGGUAGAGUGAUAAAAGCAAGCAUUGCUAUUGACAAUGGAAGAGCAGCUGAGUUUAUCCGAAGACGAAACUACUUUGAUAAAUCUAAGUGUUAUGAAUGUGGGGAAAGUGGACACUUAAGUUAUGCCUGUCCUAAAAAUAUGCUUGGAGAACGUGAACCUCCAAAGAAGAAAGAGAAGAAGAAAAAAAAGAAAAUUCCUGAACCAGAAGAAGAAAUUGAAGGAGUAGAAGAAAGUGAAGACGAAGGGGAAGAUCCAGCUCUUGACAGUCUCAGUCAGGCCAUAGCUUUCCAGCAAGCCAAAAUUGAAGAAGAACAAAAAAAAUGGAAACCCAGUUCAGGGGGUCCCUCAACAUCAGAUGAUUCAAGACGCCCAAGGAUAAAGAAAAGCGCAUAUUUCAGUGAUGAGGAAGAACUGAGUGAUUAAAAUUGUAUUUAUUGUGUAAAUACCAUUAAAAAAAUUUUUUUAAUCUUGGAGUACCAAGUUCAGUUGAGACUAAAGAUUACUUUUAGAAUUUAAGCAUAAGAACACUUAGUACCGAAUAGUUUUUUACUAUAAAAUGCUUCAUAGGAAAUUGAGAAAUAAUUUAAAAGUAUCAUGUUUCUAUCUUGCCUUAGCAGAGUAAUAAAAAUCAAGAUUUGCUAAUGAGCACUAAUCUUGAAAACAGUUCAGUUAAAUAAAAAAGAAAACUUAAUACUAUCAUAGUAAAGCUAUUGUCAUCCCAAGAAAAAGAUUUGUUUGAGAAGUUCAUUAUAAAAGUUUAUUCGUGUCUGAUUGGUUUACAUGAGGACUUUUGAAAUCAAUUUCCUCUUUAAAACAAAAACUUCAUAAAGAGUGUGAAAAAGCUGGAUGAUUUAUUGUUAUUAAAUGUUAAUAAAAUUUUCAAGAGAAUUUUGUUUUUAAAUAUG